AUGAACAAUGACCUGAGCCUCUCGAGGGCUCUGGGUGGCCUGCGCAUAGCAAACCCGGACGAUGCCACCCCGAGUCCUCCCCAGCCACACUCUAUCGACUCCGACCUGUCCACCCCAGGCCAACCGAGUACCGACAUUUUUACCCCCGACACUCAGCUACACAAGACACAGAGUGUACCACAAAGCAGCGAGCCAGUAAGAACAGGCGUGGGCUCCGUCGAACCAGAAGCCACAAACCAGUCUACUUACAACCAAAAUGGUUCCCUGCCAUACUCCAAUAUAUCUUCACGCCCCGUAUCAGCUCUCUACAAUGUUGUUCCUACAGCAAGUGUGCGCGAUCAAGCCGCAAACUCUUACCACAUUCUAAGAACCGAAUCGUCUCGACCAUCUGCUCACAACGAAUCAGGAAGGACAGCUCCAGAAUAUUCGGCCAACUUACCCUCUAGAGAAUCUAGCCACAGAGAUCGUUCAUAUAACCAAAACCGCCAGGCCCAAUUACCAAGUGCACCCGAACCUCGUGGUCGUGGACUUGGACCUGAUAUACCUGGGUCAACUGGCAGUGAAGAGUGGAAAGAUCGGGGAGCUGCUGUAGGAAUGCGAAAAGAAGUUGAUGCGAAUGGGGUUCGUGACUUUUCGUUUGGUAGGGUGCUGGGAGAAGGGUCCUACAGCAGCGUCUACCUCGCGACAGACCGGCAAACACUCAAGGAAUAUGCAGUCAAGGUACUCGAAAAGAGGCACAUCAUCAAAGAAAGAAAGAUCAAAUACGUCAACAUUGAAAAGGACACUCUUAACCGUCUAACAGAGCACCCUGGUAUCGUCCGGCUUUACUAUACUUUUCAAGACGAGAACUCGUUAUACUACGUGCUAGAUAUCUGCAGUGGAGGAGAGCUUCUCGGGGUCCUAAAAAAAACAGGGACCUUUGAUGUUGAGUGCACAAGGUUCUUUGGGGCUCAGAUCCUAGAUGCUAUUGAGUAUAUGCAUUCCCGCGGUGUGAUACACCGUGAUCUCAAGCCCGAAAAUGUCCUUUUAGACGACCAACUACAUGUCAAGAUUACUGACUUCGGUACUGCGAGGUUGUUGAGUGAUCCAAGAGCACCGCAAACCCCGUCAAGGAUUGAGGAUACAGGCACGAGCUCCAGGGGUAAAGAACAAGAUGAUAGCCGAGCAGCCUCAUUUGUGGGCACAGCCGAGUAUGUCAGUCCUGAGCUGCUCACAAACAAGAAUGCUUGCAAGGCUAGUGAUCUCUGGGCUUUUGGAUGCAUCAUCUAUCAAAUGCUAGCCGGUCGUCCUCCCUUCAAGGGCGGCUCUGAGUACUUGACAUUUCAGAAGAUUGUCAAUCUUGACUAUGAAUUCCCACCCGGUUUCCCGUCAGCUGCACGGGAUUUAGUCGAGCGAUUACUAGUUCUAGAUCCUGCUCGAAGGCUCACAAUUGAGCACAUCAAGAAUCAUGAAUUCUUUGACGGCCAGCAAUUUGGCAAGAUUUUGUGGAAAACAAAAGCGCCUCGUCCAUACAAUAAGGGCGAAGAGGGCCACCGGAAGUUCACCCGCUUUUUUGGUGGGAGCACCACAAAAAAGAGGCAGAGGCUUGUUAUGAUCACCUCUAGUGGGAGGAUCAUCCUGGCGCCAGCGGGUGGUGAAGAAAAGAAGGCGAAGCAGGAUAUAUCGCUUCUUACCCCCGACUGCUCCUGGAAAACUCAAAUAGACGCCAAAGGACAGGUGGUCUGGUGUGUUGAUUCGGCUGGCUAUCAUUGGACAUUUGAGGAUAUAAAGACGCCUUCCUCCCUUGACACGUCCGGACCGACGCCUGACGAUUGGAUCGAGACUCUACAGCAGGCCAAGGAUAUUGUAGCUUCGACGAACAUGUCGGGUUCUUAUGUCAGCGACAACGCGUUCGGUGAGAUAUCAUCGUCCAUGUCAAGUCCAGCCAGUACCUUUGGACCCGAAGGCUACAGCCUCCAGCAACAUCAUCAACCGUCACUUCACCAACAACGGGUGUCCCAACCUGGAGGGCCGCGACGGGGUGGCAUUGGUCCCAUGAUGUCUUCCGGCCCACAUCAUUCAGUCGCGCUAUCCCAAGCGCAGAUAGUGAAGCAGCAACAAGAAGCCGCCAUGCAAUUUGAACACGCCAAGCGUCGAAGUCGCAAGCCGACGGACAAGAAUCUUCCUGAUGGAAUUGAUAACUGCAUAGUGGGCGAUGUGGCAAAAAAUUAUCGAGAGCUUAGAGACUUCGAGCGAAGGCUCGAUGCGACCAUGACGAGGAAGCGUCUCGAUAUCGUUGACGCUGUGACUCGCAGUGCGAAGCGUUGGAAGACACUUCGAAUAUGGAUCACCAACACGGCCGAGAAUCAAAUCUGGCAGGGCAACGGUCUCAACGUGGACACCUUCGAUUUUAACUCGAAUCUAGAGCCUACUUAUCGUGUCAAGAUUGAGGCUCGUCUUCUGGAUGACGACGAUGACAGGAAUAGCGAUGACCCUGAAGACACGAAGGAUGGUGCCGAUGACCCAGACCGAAUGGAAGAAGAUGGUCCGUCAGAUUCGAAGGCCAAAACCCCCAAGCCACCUAGAUACCGAUUCUCGCAUUUCUUCAAAGCCCUUCAUGUUGAUUUCCCCCAUAGUAGGGGAGGUGCUGAACAGGGUGUGGAAUGGAAAAAACCAGAGCGAGUGGGCGGGUCCCCAAACCUGCCUGCUGCCGCCGACUUCGAUGAAUUGACGUUUAAGCGAAAUGGCGACGAGAAUCUCAAUAUCACCAUCAAUCUUAUUAGGCACGAGGAACCUGAACGCUAUGCCCUCAGCCGCGAACUCGAAGAUAUUGUCGACAUGCGAGAGGCGACACGGCAAGAGAUUGUCAUGGGACUAUGGGAGUACAUAAAGAUGAUGGGGUUGCAAGAAGACGAGGAGAAGAGAAAUUUUCGCUGUGAUGAACUUCUGCGAAAUGCUUUCGGCGGCAUUGAGAUGGGAGCCAUCCCUAAGCUCACAGACUACAUUUCUCCCCAUCUGCAGCCCCUUCCCCCGGUACAGCUCCCUUACACGAUUCGACUUGACGAAGAAUUCCACAAAGACCCUCAACCCACAAUCUACGAUGUACGAGUAGCAGUAGAUGAUCCUUUGCGAGAACAGAUGACCGCGUUCUUGAAUAAUGCCGGGUAUGCAGGGAUGUUGAAAGAAGUGUCAUCUUUAGACGAAAAGCUGGCGAUCAUUGUCCAGGCUAUUCAUGUGUCUAAGGCAAAGCACAACUUCCUUGAAUCAUUGAGCGAAGAUCCGGCCACAUUUGUGCGCAAUUGGCUUAGCUCACAAAAAAGAGAUCUCGACGUGAUCUUGGGCGAAGCUGUGAGGGGCGGCGGCGAAGAUGCUAAUGGAGACGAGUGGCGCAAGGGCGGGAAAGAUAGUAUCUGGGGCACAGUCAAUGCUCGUGAAAGUGUUAAUUCUCUGCUCUCUAGAAUGCCCACCCAGCCACAACGGUAA